GAGUUUGCAACGGACUCGAUGGGCUUUAUCAAAUCCGGUUAAUACAAUCCAAUUCUACUCGAUUCAAGUCCGGUUAAUAAAAAAGCCUGUGCAGUGCAGUGUGUACUACACUAUGUGAUGUUGUAGGUGUGUGUGUUGUUGCACACUCUCCACACUUACACAGAGAGAAAAGAGAGAGAAAGAAAAGGAUCAAAUAGUUAAAACCUUUGGUUCUUUCCCUCCAUAGUUCCAUUUUUCCAUUCAACAACACAACACCUCAGACAGACAUCAUGGAGGCAGGUUACAAUCCUCGUACCGUCGAAGAGGUCUUUAGGGAUUUCAAGGGUCGCAGAGCUGCUUUGAUUAAAGCCCUCACCACCGAUGUUGAAGAGUUCUACCAGCAGUGCGAUCCCGAGAAGGAAAAUCUUUGCCUUUAUGGAUUUCCAAGUGAGCAGUGGGAAGUCAAUCUGCCAGCUGAGGAGGUGCCCCCUGAGCUUCCAGAGCCAGCAUUGGGCAUUAACUUUGCCAGAGACGGGAUGCAAGAAAAGGACUGGCUGUCUUUGGUUGCUGUACACAGUGAUGCUUGGUUGCUUGCUGUGGCUUUUUAUUUUGGUGCUAGGUUUGGAUUUGACAAGGCUGAUAGGAAGCGACUAUUUAAUAUGAUAAAUGAUCUUCCGACAAUAUUUGAGGUUGUUACAGGGAUGGCCAAGAAACAAGGAAAGGAAAAGUCAUCAGUUUCAAAUCAUAGCAGUACCAAAUCUAAGUCAAACUCUAAGCGAGGUUCUGAAUCAAAGUAUACAAAAGCAAUGCAAUCAAAGGACGAGGAUGAUGAGGGUGGUGCGGGUUUGGGUUUGGGUUUGGAAGACGAAGACGAAGAGGAACAUGGAGAUACCUUGUGUGGGGCAUGUGGAGAGAGCUAUGCUGCUGAUGAGUUCUGGAUUUGCUGCGACAUCUGCGAGAAAUGGUUCCAUGGAAAGUGCGUGAAGAUUACCCCUGCAAGGGCUGAGCAUAUCAAGCAGUACAAAUGUCCUUCUUGCAGCAACAAGCGAGCUCGACCUUGACAAACAUGGCUAGGAUGGUGGUGACUAUAAUCUUGGCAAUUUUAUGACUACUAAUUUGUUUAGUAGGUCAAGUUUAUUAGUCUUGCUGUGAAUUUCAGGUAUAUUGUUUCAGAUGUUACAUUAGGUAUAUUAUGAGCUGCUGUCGAUUCAUCUACCAUUAGGAUGUUUAUUUCAUAAGUGGACUUGAAUGUUGUUCUGUUAUGUGUUUCUUUAAAUUUUAUGUAGCUGUGUAACUGUGUUGUGUCCAUAGCUUAUUAUCUGCCGUGGUGUAAUUCUGCUC